CAGGAGCUCUGCCUUUGCAUUAUAGUAGGAAGAAAGAAAUACAAGACGGAUGACCCAUCGGAGAAGAUUCGGGUUCAAUACUCAUACAUCAGUCCGAGGAAGAAGAGAGAAAUAAUACAACAGUACAUGAAAAUCCCAGUGCUCAGUCCCUCGUAGCCUCACUAAAGCACCUGACAUCCUCUCGAAUUAGCCCCGUCAAAGCAAUGGCUGAUAACUCUUUCUGCUCGAAAAUUCUUCUGUUCCGCUCCUUUCACAAGUUCCACAGUAUGUAUGCCGCCAAUGUGAUCUCCUCCUUGAUUGCCUUUUUUGGUCGGUUGGCUGAGCAUAAUCUGUCCCAGCAUUCACCAAUGGACUGUGCCGCGGCAGCGGCAUCACACAGCGCAACAUUGGACUGCCGGAGAGGAGAGACAUGGUAGCUUGCAUCUUUUUAAUGCAUUUUUACUCUACUUCAUAAUCUGUCCUAAAAUUUCUAUGUGUACGAGGGAGUAGACAGCAAUAAAACAAAGUCCACUCAAAAAAUAAGCAAUAAAUAAAAAAACAAAUGGAACGUUACCAACGCAACCAGACGGACCAGGAAAUCAAAGUGCUUUAUGGUGGAAAUCGAGCGUUACUGAACUCAUCAAUCGUAGCAUAAAUUCGCCGUGCCACACCGUACCGCUUUCCGGCGUCGAUCUUCUUCCAAGGAGCACACAAGCAUACCGCCCCCUGCAGCCCGCAACGCGCGCGCCGCCCGGUCAACCUCGGCGACCGCUCCGCGCUCCCCCACGUUCUCCCUCCCUCCCCACUACUCCCACUACGCCAGCCUGCACCUGACGCCCCAGCCUUUCGCCUACAUAGCCGCCCCGCCACUCUCCUGGCGACGUGACGCCCCACGCAGCCCGCCGCCCCGUCUCUGCUCUUGUUUCCACGUAUAGGCCGGAGUUCGGAGCGAUCGCCAUGGGGCUUCAACUCGAGGAGUGCCGCGGCGACGACGACGACGCGCGCCGCGACGGAGGCGAGAAGGAGGAGCCCGCAGCAGCAGGGUACCGGACCCCGAGGCGCGCCGCGCGGGACACCGGAGCGGGGACGGUCGGGGCGUGCCCGCCCGCGCCGAGGAAGCGGAUGACCACGGUGGCGGCGGCGCCGUCGGUCGUCGCACGGCGGAGGGAGUUCUACGCCGGGGCCGACCUGGAGGCCUUCUUUGCAGCACACGACCUCUAGAGAAAUCUCACUCGAGUUCACUGGACGCAGCAGUACAUGGUGCUCUUGCUGCAAUGGAUACGCCGAUGUAUAUACAGUCUAUCAUGUAUAGCUAGCUGUUUAUUUAGUAGCAUGUGGCACCGAGUUCUUGUGUUCAGCCGAAUGCCACAAAUGCUGGGAUCGUUCGUACGUUUUCUUCAUUUGUGUGAAGUUUAAUUACUCUAGUACGUUACUUAUUUGGUCUGGAAUAAGGUAUAUGGUUAGCUGUGUUAGUACUGUUGUUUACACCAUUUGGUCUGAAAGGCCACUGGAGCGCGCGGAUGUAUAGAUUGAUAGUCUGGCCGGGUUGCAUGAUUGAUUUUUCUUUUGAGGGGAGCAUGAUUGAUUUGUUGAUUUUGAAUCUUUGAUCUGCCUCGUCGUACUUGGUUUUUCUCGAGACCUCCUAGUUGACCCCAGUAGGAAGACCUUCUAUACUUCGCUUCACGCGCCGCUUUGUCUUUAAAUAUAGCGCCGGAAGCCGCUGGUAUAGGCCGGCUCAUCUAAAUCCCUCGCUACAGUUUCCUCUCCUACUAGUACCAGUAGAAUGCCCGGGCGUUGCCACGGGUUUUAAAAAUAUUUUGCUGAAAUUGUAUAAACAUAAUGCAUAUUAAAUUUCACAUGUAGAGAAAAAAUAGCAUGUGCAUAAUCGGGUAAUAAUUGAAAUCCACUUGGCUUGCAAUGUAAAUUGCUAAAAAAAAAGGUAAUUUGACGAUGUAACCAUAUAGAGCGAUUGAUGAUCCAACUAAAAUGUUACAAAUUAAGAUCUACUUGAUGCGUUUAAUAAACUGUCGCAUAAUAUCAGAAAUGUUGUUUUUAGCUCCAUUCACAAAUAUUUGAGCAGGUAUAAUAGAAACUCCUUCAACAACUCAUACUCAUUCUACACAAGCAAUAUACGUAAUUAGUACGAAUACUUCAAGUCAAAGAUUUUUUUAAGAGAUAUCAACGCUUGCAUAUCAUUAUGUUUAUAUAAACUCGAUGAAUUUAUGACCCCUUUCAGCGACGUCCCCUUGAAAUCCUUGUCGAUGGUUUCUUUUUGAACAUCGCCAAAUCGAUCUCUCUCUCUCUCUCUCUCUCUCUCAUAUUUUGAAAAAAUAAUCAUAUGAAAAUACACCCUUUUUGUUAUCAUGUAUAAUAAUUAUACAAAGAAGGAUUAGUUGUGUGCAUCCUUCUCGUGGUGUUUCAGUCUAGUAUAUCAUCGCUACGUCAGUGCAUAUUUCAGUUAAUAUGUUCAAAACAUCAUCCGGAUCGAUCGCUUCUUAUUUUUGAUAGACAAAAGUGAAACAUAUAAAAUAUAACUGAUAUUUUAUACUGCAUUAUAUAAACAUACUCCGGAAUUUUUUUUUCGAGCUAUACCGUCCAAAAUUAUUUGUCAGAGAAAUGGAUAUUUGCAAAAAAAAGACUGUUUUUCUUCACAUACAGUAACCUUUAGAGCAUCCACAGUGUGGUCUUUUUCCGCCUCUAAGCUUGCCUCUAAGGUCUGGGAGGCUGACGCUAUACAUUGCAGUCCUCGCCUCUAACACAAAAAUCGUUGGCGUCGCCUCUAAGGUAAGAGGCAGCCUCCAUUCACUUAAAAAAUUCAAAAGAAUCAACUCUUUGUAUGGCUGGGUUCUUUCACACUUGUGAACAGCUCUAAAGUCAUGGAGGAAUUACUUGUUUACUUGUUGACUGUGUCCCAGCUUAGAGGCACUAGAAGAUGCUAUACACUACGUCAUUUUCAGCUGAGCUUAGAGGCUUCGUGUGGGUCCCGGCUUAGAGGCAACGCCGCCUCCAACACACUGCUGAUGCCCUUACCCGCCCUGCAUCCUUAUACUCACCACCGCACUGCCAGUCUCUCCCCGUCAUAGCCGCACACCCGCUCAUCACCCCGCCAUGUCCCUUCCAUCGAUGGUGUCGCGCACAUUCUCCUCUCCCCGCAACUGCGUCCCCGGUCGGCUUCUCUGCCGACAACCUCUCGCGUCGCCGCAUCGACACUGAGUCCGCGCUCCCCUCGGUCGGGCAUCCUGGUCAGCCUGAUUCGGCUGGUCGGCGCAGAAGGGCUCGCCGCUGGCGGCGGCCGCCGGCGACCUGCUCCCAGGGCUCUCGUCGUCGACAUCGGUACAACGACGUGGCUCGUCACGACGGCAGCGGCUUCACGUGCAGGCGUCCUCGUCGUGGCGGCCGCCCUACCUAAGGUACUCCGCUCCUCCAUCUUCGCUGCCUACGGCCUUCCCCGGCAUAUCCGAGGGAGGAUGUGCUCCCCUUCCUCCACCCCGACUCCCCGAGCUCCUCCCUCAGUGUGCAGUGAUUUGCUAACCACUGUUGUGCUGCGAGGAGGAGAGACGGCGCCCUCAUCGUCGACAUCCCAAUUUUCUGUCUCUUGUUCUCUUCUUCCACAGGUUGCGGUAGCAGCAGAACUAGGAGGUGCCUUAGGUGGCAUGGUUAGGCAGCUGUCAGUUGGUCAGUUUGAAAAUGAAGGAAGAAGGGUUAUCUAUGGCAUUCCUGACAACGCAUGGGCAGCUAGAAAAUUACUGGAACGGCAAUUGUCUAUUAAUAGUGUGCCCAGAAAGAUAAAUCAGCUUGCAAGGCUCUGGAUUAUAUAUCCACUUUCACCAAUUGCUUGAGGGUAUGGUCAGUUGGAGAAAACAUUACCACGACUAAAAAGAUCUGUUUUUCCAGGAGUAAGAAGUCAGUUGGAGUGAGAAGUGAGACAGGUACCAUGAGCUCAAAUGAUUCAUUCCCCAAGCUGGUAAAGGAAAAAACUUGAAAAAGAUCAUCUCAACAAGGUAUGCAAGUAAUUUCGUUUGGGGGUUUGAAUUGCCACAUCUUGGGUUUUGUUUUCAGUCCAUUCUAUAUUCUAGGGAGAAACUUCAUCUCAUUUCUUAGACCAAAUAAUAUUUAACAACAGGAUCAGGUUUCGUGUAAACUAAUUUGCAAUGUUUAUUCUAUUUUGUGCAUGACAAGGGGCAAGUAGAACCUUUUUUGUAUCCACUUAGCAAGAUUACAGUAACAAGCAGAAAGGGAAUCAAGUAUCUUCAACAAGCAAUUUAAAAGUGAAAGUAAGAUAAACAACUUACUGAUCCACAUAGAAGUUUGAUUUGCCGCAUGGCAAUGAUCCGCUAUGUUCCUGCAGUAAUGUGUGUAUGACAACAAAAUAAGAGUGUAUCUUGGCAUAGAAUGUACUGAAAUUAAAUCUACCUUUCCUCCAAACUCCUAAGCACAUAACUCUGCCAAUGUAUAUGUCCAACUUCUAAGCAAAUUAAGAACAAGGUGCACACAAACAGCAGCAAAAUUGCAUGCAUACCUCAAGCAUGUAGAUGACGGUCUUGAUACCCUGGUGCGGAUGGUCAGGAAACCCAGCCAGAGAAGAAAUGUUAAAUGCAAGCAGCAAAUUAGAAUAAGGGAGGAAAAUGAUUAACAUUUAUCACUAGAAUUACAUCUGAAGCAAACCAACAGAGACCAAACACCCCCUCACCUGAGUACUCAUAUAGGGCCAGGAAUGUAUUGAAGUACCUAUCCGUACAAUCAAUGUCAAUAACCAAACCAAAGCAAUGACGGCUAAAAACACAGUGGGGUGAUGGAACGCGUCCCCUCACCUCUCGAUGUUACGGCGGACGAUGACAACUCCCAUGUUAGCCGCAGAACAAUAUAUAUACAUAGAUUUGCAGGCUGUUGCUCGACAGGUUCCGAAGUUGCACAAUAUUAUGUCCUCCUAUACCUAUAAAAAGUUAUGUCAUGCUACACACUUGAGGAUUACAAAGAUUUAUGUCUACAUCACAUGAUCCUUGAAUAUACACCCUAGAUUGGUCAAGUAUGCACAGUGGAAGAUUUGUCCUGAAAAAAAAGGAGUAGGAAGAAAUCCUAUACACACAACUUCAGAAAUCAGUUGCUCUUGUUUCAAGUUUUCUAUAGAGGAGGUUCUUGUAAUAGGUAAACAUUUACAUCUCUGAACUCGUCAUUACAAAAUAUCAUUGUAAGUACAUCCUUCAGGUCAGCUAACAGAUCCGCGCUGUGGAGAAAAGGAUCUUCACAUCAGCAUGUACACUCACUUAUCCAUUAUAAUUCGAUAGAGUAUAUGAGAUACUCCCUCCGUCCUUGAAAGAGUCAACUUUUUUAUGUUUGACCGUUUUAUACAAUAAUAAACCAACAUUUAUGCCAUCAAAUUAGUAGACUUUGAUUCACCAUAAAAUAUAUUUUCAUCGUAUACCUAUUUGGUUUCACAAACAUUGGUACAUUUUUGCACAAACUCAGUCAAACUUUAAGAUAGUUUGACCCUCCAACAAAGUUGGAAUUACACUUUCUUAAGAACGGACGGAGUAACUUGAACAUCUCUAGAAACCAGUGUGAAAAAAAUAUAACAAGCAAAUCGCAUUACAAUACUAUUAGGUGUGAAUUUUCAUAUGCACAUUCCUAGACACUACAAACUUGAUCAGAGUCGAGAGCAAGGAAAUGCAUAUCACAGUUGCAAUGACCGCUAGGAGAAGCCUUUCCACAUCCGCAUGUUGAGAGACUUGAGCUAUUAAUUUUGCAGGCACUCCUCACAAGCACAUGCAUGUUAUGUUAGCAGAGUAGAAGAGCCAUCAUCUUAAGUGAGGGUAUACAUUAUCAUUUUGGUAUGAUCGAAUGGAAUGAAAUUGAUGUUCCAGGUAAGGGAAAUACCUGCUCAUGUCGUCCCCUGGUCCACUCAUCCAAAGCAUCCUGCAGUGCUCAUGUAUAAUGGUUUAAGAAAUAAAGUAUAUAUGCUCAAAGGGCAAGAUUUAUAUCUAACAAAUAGUUGAUGCUUACAAUUAGCCUAGUGGUCUCCUCCAAUACAUAUUGGCUGUUUGAGCGUCGGGAAAGGUCAGGAGGUCCAGGCAGGUCAAAGCGAUGGCCACCUUCUACUUCGGCAUUGGAACCCCCUCUCGAUGGCCACCUUCGACUUUGGCAUUGCGAACCCCCUCUCGGUGGCCCUUUCCACGACAUCAUCUGACGUUUAGCUGACCGAGAGGAACUAUACACAUACAUUUAGGUAGGAAAUCUAGCAACAUCAGAGUAGACUUGUCGACAUGUAUGAUGAAGGAUAAAGAAUGCACUAACAUUCAGAUUGUUUUGAUGCUAUCUUGACUGACCACAUAUAUUGACAGCAUGGAUAUUCUGGUUUCUGAAAUC